AUGCCUCCCUUUCGCAAUUUACUCGGUCGCAAGCCCCAACCCAAUGGGGCUCCCGUCGACGGAUUCGACGAGAACCACCUUUCACCCCAUCCACGUCCCGGCCCUCUCCCCAUACGCCGGAGUUGCGACGAUGAGCCCAAUGAAUAUCAAUUAAGCGUGGUCAACGAUAGCGGCGUCUACCUUCCUCCCUCGCCACCAGAGAAACAAAGCUUCUGGCACCGAUACCCAGGCUCUUCGCGAUCUGCCAAUAACCACCGAGAUCUCGUUGACGAGAACGAGCCCUUCUCCAUAUCCCGCGAAUCAUUCGACUCCUACCGACGCUCAUUUGAUAUCUCCGCCCGCUCCCCAAUCCACCACUCAGACGCCACCCCAUCACGCACAUCCCUCGACUCCCGCUUCUCCCGCAUAAACUCCUGCUCCAUGCGCUCGACCAGCUUCGACAAACCCCCACCAACAGAAGAGGAGAAAUUCGAAGACGUGGGCCUAACGGACGAAACGGAAGCGAAACCCAAGAAGAAAGGCAUCUUCGCCCGAUUCGGCGAUUCCGAUAGUACCCAACAUCCUCCUUCCGCCAAAUCUUCCACAUCCUUUGGCUUCCACAUGCCCGGCCGGAAGCGCGGGCAGAGCGGGGUGGGGUCGGAACUCGGGGCUAUGAAGACUGGUCCCGGGCCGAAGUUGAUGGUCGAGAGUGCUGAAUGA